GAGAGGGUAAGAAAUAGGUGAUGGCGUGAGGGUAGGGAUUAUGUAAGAGAACAGUGAGUGUUAGUUUUGUUGAGGCUGAGAGUUUGGGGGUUUUGCCUAAUGCUAUGAACAGAGUGAGAGAGCGAGAGAGAGAAAGAGAGAGUAAUUGGAGAGUUAUCGAAUCGGAGAAUGUCGCUGACGAGCGUGAAGAUGUCGGAGGAGGUUUGGUUAACUUGCGUGACUCACGCAUUGUCCACCGAAACCGAAGAGAUUAUGGGCCUUCUACUCGGCGACAUACAGCAUUCCAAAAACGGCGCCGUAACGGCAUUGAUAUGGGGAGCGUCUCCUCAGACGAGGUCUGAUCGGAGAAAGGAUCGAGUCGAAACCAAUCCUGAACAAUUGGCUGCUGCUUCUGCUCUCGCCGAUAGAAUGACCGCUUCCACCGGAAGAACAACCAGAGUCAUUGGUUGGUACCAUUCACAUCCUCACAUUACCGUUCUUCCUUCUCAUGUUGAUGUGCGCACUCAGGCUAUGUAUCAGCUUCUUGAUUCUGGUUUUAUUGGCUUGAUUUUUUCCUGUUAUAGUGAAGAUGUAAACAAGGUAGGAAGGAUUCAAGUCAUUGCUUUCCAGUCAUCUGAUGGGAAGCAGAAUCAACUGUCAAGACCUAUACCUCUCUCUCCUGUAAAUAGAACCUCUGUUAUUGAUAUUGAUUCGUCACCAAGUUCCUCGGAGAAUGUAUCAAUAAGAUCUGGUUACUUCAAGGCAGAGAGCCCUGAGCUCGACACCGGCGAUUCAAGAACUGUUGGAGCUAGUAAGGGUGGGGGGAGACCUUCAGACUUGGGGAAUUUCUUCGCUAAUGCUGAUGCCAACUAUCUAGGGAGGGAAAAAGGUGGAGAAAACUACCAUCUCAACAAUUCAGACACCAACAUAAUUGAUGUUGAUCCCAUGGAUAUGUCAGAAAGUAUGCAGGAGGCAAUGCAUCGCUCAAAUUUGGAUGUGAGUGGUGCAGAGUUUGUAAGAAGAGAAAUUCCUCUUUAUGUCUUGCCUGCCUUGUCUUUAAUCAACCUUGAUUCGCCACUAUUAUCAUACAAGGAUCUGCAACAUGUACUAUUUGAAGAGGAGCGAGCUGCAUAUAAUCAAGCCAUCUUACAAAAUAUGAGGGAUGGAAAAGUGCAUCCACUCACUUUCAUUCACCACACUUCAACUUAUCAGGCUUCCUUGUGCAAGUUGAUUGAAUAUUGUUUAAGUCCCGCCAUAAGUGUGCUUCAAGAUCGACUGAGAGAGAAUGAAACUCGGUUAGCAGUUCUGAGUGAAGAAGCCAAAAGUCUGGAGGCUGAGGCUUAUAGAGGGAGUGAAGCAAGUUUAGGAUCUCCACGACAAGUUGCAUCUCCUGUACAUCGAGGAGGUUCGUCCCCGGGUCUAAGAAACUUGCACAGUUCAGGUGAAUCUCUCGGUUCUAGGAAUGUAGGUAGUCCUGGUAGCCGGAGCAGAAAAGGAUAUUAAAUUGAAACUCUUUUGGAAGCAAUGCUUCAAGCAAUGUAAGCAAUGAUGAUUUACAAUGAUUUUGCUAAAAUGGGAUAUUCAAUACGUAGAAUGUACAUGAAAAUGAUAUUGCCUCAGCAAAGAUUGCUAGUUUGAAAAUGAUGCUAAAUGAAGUAUUCUGCUAAUCAGACUCCAAUAUUGUACUGUAUGAUGCAUUAUUGGAUUAGAAGCAU